GACACAGCGAUGGCGCGGAGGCGGCUGUUUGUUUCGAUGCUUGAGCUCCGAGCGCCGCGGUCUGUGUGGGGCCCCGGACCCGCCGUGACCUAUCACCACAAGGUGAUGGACCACUAUGAGAAUCCCAGAAACGUUGGCUCAUUUGAGAAGAAUGCCAGGAAUGUUGGGACUGGCUUGGUGGGAGCACCUGCUUGUGGUGAUGUCAUGAAGCUGCAGAUACAGGUGGAUGAAAAUGGAAAAAUCAUUGAUGCGAGGUUUAAAACCUUUGGCUGUGGAUCUGCAAUUGCCUCUAGCUCAUUGGCUACAGAAUGGGUGAAGGGAAAAACGAUCGAUGAAGCCUUGAAGAUCAGGAACACAGACAUUGCUAAGGAGCUUUGUCUUCCUCCAGUCAAACUGCAUUGCUCGAUGCUAGCUGAGGAUGCGAUUAAAGCUGCCCUGGCUGACUAUCGUGGAAAACGAGAUCAGAAGAACCCGAAUAUGAACGCAGAAACGACAUCAAACAACUAAAUAUGUACAUCAACGGUGUCCACUCACAGUAAUAACCUUUGCGUAGUACAGCUUUAAUAGUUACAGGGAUCAGCGCAUACCAAACAAUUGACAAAACAGAUGCAAUAAGUUGUUCACAAAAACAGAAGUCGCUGGGAACACUCAGCAGGUCAGGUAGCAUCUAUGGAGAAAGGAAAGUGAGUCAACGUUUCGGGUCCACGACCCUUUGCAAAAGUUGUUCAGUUCAUUAAAUGGUCUCUUC